AUGUCUGAUAAAGUGCACAUCUCUGGCCUCGAAGGUAAGGCCAUUGUUGGGCUCGACCACUGGCAGAAACCCGUGCCGCACCCCGUAUUCGUCGAUGUUGAUUUCGCCACGGAUUUCUCGCGGGCCUCGGAAACAGACAACCUCCACUACUCGCUCAACUAUGCGGUGAUUUCCAGCAAGAUCGCGACGUUUCUCGAACACAACCAGCAGCGCAACUUCCAGUCGUUGGGAGGGUUGGGCUCUGCCAUUUUGGGCGACGUUUUGGCUGUGGAAAAAGCCGUUUCAAGCUCCAUUCAACUCAAGAUCUCCGCACCCAAGGUGGACAUCCGGGCGCCUGUGUCGUUCUCUACAUCGACGCAAAUGCAGGCCCUCUACCAAAUCCAGGGGCUCCGUGCCUUGACGCUCAUAGGCGUGUUUACUUUCGAGCGCUUGAACAAACAGUACGUGUUGCUUGACAUUGAUUUGAAUGUGAGCGAGCCGCACUUGAAUGUGGCCCGGGUCUCCGAGUCCGUCAGCGCAUAUCUUGAGAGUGCCAAUUUCAAGACCGUGGAAGCGCUUGUGGCGCUGUCGUGCCAGUGGAUCUUCCAGAACUUCCCGACCGUGAACACUGCCGGAGUUCGUGUGACAAAGCCAAACGCCAUUGUAUAUACCCAGGGCGUCGGCGUCUCGUGUUUCUAUGCACGCGCCGAUUUUGAGAACAAGCCGGUUCUUAGCUUGCCGGAAACGGGCCGCAAUGGGAGCUCAGAGAACCUCCAGCCGCCUGCGUUCGAUUUGCCCGUCGAAACAACGUGUGACUACUCAGGCAAGCAUAAUGUGUACAUUGCCUUCGGCUCCAACGAGGGCGACCAGAUCGAGAACAUCUCCACGGCGUUACGCUUGCUCAAUAACCACCCGCAAAUCUCGGUCAAGGGCUCGUCAUCUCUUUACGUGUCCAAACCCAUGUACUACACCGACCAGCCGGAUUUCUACAACGGGGCUGCUCUCUUGCAAAUGCAAGACUUGAGCCCCCAUGACCUCUUGCACGUGCUCAAAGAUAUCGAGUACAAGGACCUCGGCAGGGUCAAGGACUUUGACAACUGCCCGCGCUCCAUAGACUUGGACAUCGUGCUUUUCGACCGCAUGACCGUGACCUCGCCCGAUCUCGUGGUGCCACACAAGGCCAUGCUCGACCGCACGUUUGUGCUCCAGCCGCUUUGUGAGCUUCUUCCGCCUGAUUUCACUCAUCCGGUGACGGCAGAGCCCAUCCACAACCACCUAGCAAAAUCGCUAGCUGCACUCUCGGACCCAGAGGUGCAGGAGCUGCCAAAACUCGUGCUGGUGACCCCUGGGACCGGUGGCAGAAGGCUCAAGUUCAACCACGACGGGACUUCUCCAUCUGCAUUGAUGGCCAUUUUCAAUGUCACGCCGGACCUGUUCAGCGAUGGCGGUGCCAGGCUUCGGUUGACAAAAGACGAAAUCGUAGCCGAGGCCUUACGGAUGAAGGAAAACGGGGCGCAAAUCAUCGACGUGGGUGGGGUGUCAACACGCCCCGGGAGUUCCGAGCCACCGUUGGAAGAAGAGCUCUCUCGGGUUUUGCCGGUCGUGGAGGCGAUCAGAAGCGAGCCCCGCUUGGACGAUGUGUUGGUUUCUGUCGACACGUAUCGCGCCGGGGUUGCCGAGAAGGUGCUCGAUGCCGGGGCCGAUAUAAUCAAUGACAUCUCCAUGGGACUUUAUGACAGCGAAAUCUUCAAAGUGGUGGCGAAUCAUGGCUGUGGAUACGUGAUGAAUCACACGCGUGGCACGCCCGCAACCAUGAGUAAAUUGACCACUUAUGGCCCUGCUGACCCCACGUUUGUGGAAUACAACAUCGACGAAAGCAUGGGGAUGAUGCCCUUGCUAGAGUCUUCCACACGGAAUUUGCUUAACGGGGUGUGCCGUGAAUUGGCGGACCAGUUGAAAGUGGCCACUGAGAAUGGCGUGCGCAAAUGGCAGGUCAUCAUCGAUCCAGGAAUAGGUUUUGCAAAGGACCUUGGCCAGAAUUUGCACAUUAUUCGCCACGGCCGAAGAUUCAAGAAAUACGCACAGGUCGACUUGAGCUCGGAAUCGUAUACCAGUUUCCACGGAAUGGCCGUUUUGAUGGGGACCAGCAGAAAAAGGUUCUUGGGCACCCUCACCGGCCAAGACGAGGCAAAGCUUCGCGUCAUUUCAAGUGCCGCAUCUGUAGUGGCAUGCGUGGAGCAGGGGGCAGAUAUUGUUAGGGUUCAUGAUGUGAAGGAAGUCAAGGAGGCGCUCCAGGUGGCCGACGCAAUUUACAAAAGCGCCUUUUGA